ACUCUCUCUCUCUCAAGUUGCAGAGUUCAGCCAUUGUUGUUUUCCUAACUCUUGUUCAGCACCCUCUUGCUUUGCUCUUCAACCAUGGCUGCUUCAGUGCUGCUUCCACUGCUCCUUCUGGCCGCCGUGACUGGCCGCUCAAGUGGGACAUGGUGUAUAUGCAAGGAUGGAGUGAGUGAUACUGUAUUGCAGAAGACAUUGGACUAUGCAUGUGGAGAAGGGGCAGAUUGUAACCCUAUCCACAUGAAGGGACCAUGUUUCAACCCAGACACUGUGAGGGCACAUUGCAAUUAUGCCGUCAACAGCUUCUUCCAAAGAAAAGGCCAAGCUCAAGGCACUUGCGACUUUGCCGGCACUGCCGCCGUCACUACUUCCGACCCUAGCUAUGCUGGUUGUCCUCUCCCAGCUACUGCCAGGUAUGCCCUAACGGUCACUCCUUUUGAAAUUUCAAAAGUUUGGGUCAUCACAUUGUUUCAUGGUAAUUACCAUUAAAACGUAUCUACGAUAGUU